AGUAAAUAACAUUUCAUUCAUUCAAUAUAUUCAUUGUUUUUGAGACUCAAAACUCGGAUUGUCUUUGAAUUUGUCGGCAAAAAACGUAAUCAAAACGUGAUUUAGUUUUUUCGCACAUUUUUUUUUGUUGCUUUAAAUUUGAUUUUCAUUUACUAUUUUGUAAUACAAAAGCAAUCGUCAAAUGAUUUGCUGUUUAUUAUUAUAUGUUUUGCCGUUUUAUUGCUGACACAAAAAUGCCGUUCAUUUGUAUUGACAUUAAUGAAAAUGAUAUGAUUUUGUCUCCGAAACUCAAGACUCGAAGACAACACAUCCACUCAUUCGCCACAAGAAGUAGAAGAAGAAGACAAAUACAACAAAAACCCUGUGUUUGACUCGACUCUAAACCCGUAGACACGAUGGCCGAGAAGAUUGACAUGUCUUUGGACGACAUUAUCAAAAGAGAGGGCAUUCGAGGCGCCCGUCGGGGCAGAGGCGGCGCCCGCGGGGGUAAAGGUGGCCGCGGAGGCGGUGGUGGCGGCGGCGGCUUCGGUGGUAUCCAACAGAAGUCGCGGACGUUAUUUAAGCGCUCGUUUAGCGGACGCUUUAAUUCGGGCGGCGGUGGAGGACAGAGAGGAGGACAGCGUUAUAACAACAGAGGCGGCGGUGGAGGCAAAGGCCAGUCCACUACUGGCCAGUGGUUGCAGCGGAAGAGCAAUCAGUUGACGUGUCGGUUGCAUCUGUCGAAUCUGGCCUAUAGUGUCACCGAUGAGGACCUGUUUGAGCUGUUCGCCAGCUUCGGGCCGCUCAAGAAGUCGACCGUCCAUUACGACCAAUACGGACGCUCUUUAGGCACCGCUGAGCUCUUGUUUGAGUUGAAAUUUGAUGCCAUGAAAGCCAUGAAUCAGUAUAACGGCGUUCCCCUCGACGGCCGUCCAAUGAGAAUACGAGAAAUCGGCGCAAAGAGAGAAGAAUCGCAGAGUGAAGGCAGUGGUGGCGGCGGUGGAGGAAGAAGUGGCGGUUCGUUCAAUAGAGGCGGAGGUCGUGGCGGCCGAGGAGGUGGACGAGGAGGAGGUCGUCAGCCGAGAACUAAUGUAACUCAAGAGGAUUUGGAUAAAGACUUGGAUUCGUGGCGAAUGGAAACUGAAUGAUAUGUUUACACAUAAGACUAUUAAUAAUUUAAAAUACAUUUUAACAUCGAUUUCUUAAGACAUAACUUAUUUUUUGUCCACAAUUUAUACUCUAAUUAUUAAUAAUUAUUAUUUAGAAAUACAUUUUAAAUCAUAACUUUCACGCCAUAAGUCAUAUUUCAGAGCAUUUAGUAUUGUAUAAAACAAAC